AAGGCCGAAAAGACGUCUGUGUGGUUCGGCUGUGAAGCAGAGUGCAGCACCGGCCUUUCCUCUUUUUCACUCCUCGCCAAGUGUUUUUAUUUCUUCGGUUGAUAAGUCCAGUUGUAAGAGGAGGAAAAACCAGGAUGGCCGCGAUCGCAAGACCCUCGAGAUUCGCCUUUAGGCUGGCCUCCAGAUCUGCCAACUUCCAGGCGACCCGGGGCUACGCCGACCAAAUGGACUUCACGUUCGCCGCCGCCAACAAGGUUUUUUACUCUAACUCGAAUGUGAAGCAGGUCGAUGUACCAUCAUUCUCCGGUUCUUUUGGUAUCCUCCCCAACCAUGUACCAACCUUGGCGGUGCUCAGACCAGGUGUCGUCACCGUGUUUGAGCAGGAUGGGAACUCAAAGAAAGUUUUUGUCUCGAGCGGAACUGUGACGAUUAACGAGGAUUCAUCAGUUCAAGUUUUAGCCGAGGAGGCCCACCCUUUGGAAGAUUUUGACUUGUCGGCUGCUAAGGAACAACUGAACAAGGCCCAGGCCGAUCUUUCAAGGGCAUCUUCCGAACUGGAAAAAGCUGAGGCUCUCAUUGCUGUAGAAGUUGCCGAAGCUUUGGUACAAGCCACGCAAUAAAUCAAUGUUAACAUAUUGUAGAUAGGUUCAUCUCUUCUUUAGUUGUUACAAAAUGUCACUAUGAUAUUUAAAAUCAAUUUGUUAAUAAAUAUAACUUAAAUUCAGAAAGAA